AUGCGCGCAUUUCCGGCGCGUCGGAUAUCCGCCACCCAAAAAAGAUUGGCGAAUGGUGGAACACUCGCUUAUAUCACCAAUUUCAGAUUUCACACCAAUCGGUUUUGGGUGCUGGUGGUGGUGGUGGCGACGACGACGACGACGACGACGAUUCCGCGCGCACACAAUUUGGGCGUGGCCAGCCAAUCAGCGACGAGCGGCGGCGAUUGGUGGGCGUGGCCUCCGAGACAGCCGCCGCCGCCGCCGCAUCAGACUCACCACUACUACUCAUCGAGCACUACUAGUGCGAGUUUCUGGCAAAAAUCAUCAUCAUCGCAACCAAUGGCCGCCAACAUUUGCGUUCGCGGCGGUUUCGAGCGCUUCAUCUCGCCGCCGGGACCAUCCGAACACGAGAUGGUCCCUGUCGGCGCCGCCGCCGCGACGAACGCCGAUUUCUGGUCGGACGAUGGCGGCGACAAAUUCGGUCUCGAGAUUAUGCCGCCGCCGACACCGCCGCCGCAGCCAAAAAUCGUCGAUCGCUUCAUUCUCCGCGUGAAUCCGAAUUUGGAGUUCCACGCAAACUGUUUAAAGUGCGUCGAAUGCAAUUGCCAGCUGGACGAGCACACGACGGCGUUCGUCAAAAAUGGCCGAACCUAUUGCCGACAGGACUAUAUGAGGCUAUUCUCGACGAAAUGCGCGCGUUGCGCCAACACCUUCGAACGCACCCAAUUGGUGAUGCGAGCCGGCUGCCACGUCUUCCACAUGGAGUGCUUCUGCUGUUUCGGAUGCGAGAAGCGCCUUCAGACCGGCCAAGAAUUUCAUAUAAAAAACAAUCGACUGUUAUGCCGCGCCGAGUGCGAUAUGAUGACGGACCCGAUGGUCCCCGAAUUCAAAAACAACAACAACAACAAUUCGCUAGCGUCGACGUCGUUCGACGAUGAUUCAUGGGAGACGUCGACGCUGACAUCAUUGGACAAUCACACGACGAGUCCGCCAUUAUCGCCCAAGUCCGAUGGAAUGCGAACGCCGGUGUACACGGGCGGCGCGCACAACAACAACAACAACAACAGCUCAGGCGCGAGCUCAAGCGGAAGUUCGGGCAAAAAGAAGAAAGACAAACAGACGACAAGGGUUCGAACGGUGCUCAACGAGAUGCAGCUGAAAAUCUUGAAGGACUGCUAUGUGCAGAAUUCGCGACCCGACGCGAUGCUCAAAGAGCGGCUCGUCGAAAUGACAGGUCUCAACGCUCGCGUGAUUCGCGUGUGGUUCCAGAACAAACGAUGCAAGGACAAGAAGCGUCAGAUUCAGAUGCACGAGUCGCGGCUCAACAGCGAACGGGAGGACGUGCUGAAUCGCGUUCGCGUCAACGGCAUCGGACCAUUGAUGGUCGCCGCGCCGACAACCCACAUCGAUUCGAGCCUACCGCCGCCGAUGGACAUUCAACAUUAUCCGCAAUGGUCGACGGGCUUCGCCGGCCAACAGCCGCCGCCGCCACAGCCACAGCCGACUGCGCCAAUGAUGUACGACACCACAACGGACAUGACAUUCGGCCUAGGCGGCGGCAGCGGACCAUCGACAACAUUUCCCGAUUUCUCGCCAAAAUCGCCAAAAUCGGAGGCAAACGAGCCGCAAACCGACAACACCCAUUUUUCGCCCUAA